CUCAAAAUCACAGCAAACAUGGCGCAAAUCUUAUCAUGCACUUCUUUGAGGGACUGUUGCUUAAUACGUCGUAUUCGCUCUAUUUUUCCUAUUGGGUUUAAGACCGAAACAGUCGAACUGGUUAAAAUGUCUGUACCUAUGUUUCUAUCCCAAAUGAUGUUGUUGCUAGUGAAUUUUGUCAGUACUAUUUUCUGUGGUCACCUGGGCAGAGUAGAGCUGGCGGCUGUGUCUCUGGCCAUAUCAGUUAUUAAUGUUACAGGUAUAUCAAUAGGAAUUGGUUUGGCUUCAGCAUGUGAUACUCUGAUUUCACAGACAUUUGGAGGGGGAAAUCAUUUCAGAAUUGGGGUAAUUCUUCAACAGGCCAUACUCAUUCUUUUACUGGCGUGUUUUCCCUGCUGGGCUAUUCUGAUAAACACUGAGCCCAUCCUGCUGGGAGUGAGGCAGGAACCCGAGAUAGCCAGGUUGGCUCAAAUGUAUGUGAAGAUCUUCAUGCCAGCCCUUCCCGCAGCAUUUAUGUUUGCCCUUCAAAUAAGAUAUCUACAAAAUCAGGGAAUCAUAUGGCCUCAAGUUAUCACUGGUCUUGUGGCCAAUAUCUUUAAUGCUCUCAUCAAUUAUAUCGUCAUCUUUGUUCUGAACUUGGGAUUGACAGGCUCAGCAGUAGCCGGUUGUCUGUCCAACUUUGCUAUGGUUGGAAUUUUAUGGAUCUAUAUUAUCUGCAAAGGUCUUCAUAAGGCUACAUGGGGAGGCUGGUCCAGAGAUUGUUUAAAGGAUUGGGGUCCAUACCUUCGCUUGGCCAUCCCCAGUAUGGUCAUGCUGUGUGUUGAAUGGUGGACAUAUGAAAUUGGAGGCUUUUUAGCAGGUCUAAUAAGUGAAGUGGAAUUAGGAGCUCAAUCAGUUGUCUAUCAGCUGUCUAAUAUUGCAUACAUGUUUCCCAUGGGAUUUAGUUUGGCCGGGAGCAUAAGAGUUGGAAAUGCAUUAGGAGCGGGAAAUACAGACCAAGCAAAGUUGUGCACGAAAGUGACACUGUUCUGCGCUGUAUCAGUGUCUGUCUGCUUGGCAAUACUUGUAGGAUGCCUCAAAGAUCACAUCUCUUUUGUUUUUACUUAUGAUGAACAAAUUAGGAAAAGAGUUUCUGAUAUUAUAUCCUUUUAUGCCCCAUUUAUUCUCCUAGAUGCAACUUCAGCUGCUUGUGGCGGCAUCAUCAGAGGAGCAGGUAAACAAAAAAUUGGGGCUGUGUGCUACAUGUUGGGAUAUUAUGCCAUUGGGUUUCCCAUUGGAGUGCCCCUGAUGUUCACAGCCAAACUAGGAAUAAAAGGUCUUUGGACAGGUUUGUUUGUCUGUAUGUUCCUACAAUGUUCAUUCUUGGUCAUCUACAUGGUUCGAAUGAACUGGGAUAAGGUAACAGCCGAGGCCAAAAUUCGAGCUGGAGUCAAUGAAACUUCUGAAGUUAUGCAGUGUUAUGACGCAACAGUUGAAGAGUCAGACUCCCUGGAGCUGGUCCACACUGGGCCUUCAGCAGCAGGCAGCUGUGGAUCAGAGGAGCUUUCAUUUACAGCUCUGAUACUGCGCAGAGGCCUGGCCCUGGCAGCAAUGCUCUUCAUCCUGGCUGUGGGAAUCACUAUAAAUGUAUUAGUCCAAAAUUUGAUAAAGUGAUUUACUCUAGUUAUCGUGUCGAUUGUAGGAGUAAUUAAGGCAUUAAUGCUAGUAGUUAUGCAUCUGUUUGCAUCAGAGAACAGGAUUAUUGGUCUGUCAUCAAGGUUUUGAUUCAAGGUUUUGACUGUAGGAAACAUGCUAAAUGUAACACUGUUAUACAAUCAAAAAUUAUGCUGCAAGUCAGAUUAAAUGUAAUAUUGAAAUU